UAUAUAUACACAUACAGGUUUUAUGGCUUGAAACAAGCUCAGCACCAGAAUUUACUUGAAGAGUGUCAAAAAGAUCUGGAGAGAUUGCUUCCACACAGAGAGAUACCUAAAUUAAAAUCGGUGAAGUACCUGCAUGUAUUUCUGGAUGCGAUAGUUGACAGAAAGCUCAGAUGGGAUGGCAUCUAAGCCAUUCGCCUACAAGCAGCUCUGAUUCCUUUGAAAGUGAAGUUGUUAAAGCAUCAGGAGAAAUGGAAGCUUAGAACUGACAUCAAAGCCACUAUUAUCAGCUAGACCAUAGUCCUUAAAAACACAAGUGAGUAAAGACAGAGAGGAAAGAACUCGGGGACACAGUGGGAUGUUUAUGGUCUCAAAGGUUGACACAAAUAACCUGUUACUCCUGGAUUGCUUCUUACGCGCACAGCAGGCUGGAAGUGAUGAGGCUGCACAAACUUUGGCACUGAGUAUAAUAAUGCCAUCGAAUGUUUCCACAGGUCUAAAAAAAAUCAAUUAGAGUGAAGAGAAGACUCGUGAAUGUUAUUUUGAACGAGAAGAAAAUUACUCGGGUAGAAACAAAGAACGGAAGCUUUUUAUUUUCAUUGGAAAAGAGCAACUGUAGUUUAUGACUUCUAGAAAGAAGUUAAUGGCUACUGGGACAAUGCUAAGGAACUAGUGACCAGGGCAGAAGUCACUUAUGUUUUAUUGACCUGUCUAUGUAGGUAUCACUGCAAGAAACAACCAUUCAAAUAGAGCACCAAGAGGAAUAGCAGAACUGCAGCUUAAGGAAUCUGUAUUGCUCCCCCAAAGGGACUUUCAUAGGGAGGAGAAGAUAUAGAAGUGUCACGCCAGAGGUGUGUGUCUCAGUACUGUUUUGGAUUGAGGGCAGCACACAUGGUAGGUACCCGACCCAAGGCGGCCCAGCAGCACAGUGUGUACCAGGAGCCUGGUACAGAACAGCUGCCCGGGGAUGGAUGCACCAGCGAACGGACUGCGACUAGCUGGCGUGAAAACAAGGUGUGUGCUGACGACAUCUGCGUGAGAUAACGGGAAUCAAAACAACAAAGCUCUCUUCGUAACCUCAGAUUUACAUGAUUUGGUUUGUCCACCGAGGAGGAGGAAGUGCCUCCGAAUAAAUGCAGACGUACACAGAUACAGCGGGAAUGAGCCCUGCAGCCUGCCCACCGCUGCUGUUCCCGGACGCUGAUGCAACCCGCCUGAAGUCCCCCUCCCGCGGCCGCUCCGCCCGGCGCCGGGGCGUGCAGGCGGAGGCUCCGAGCGCCGCUCCCGGCACCCGCCCGGCUCUGCGCCGUCUCCCGCCCCGCCGCCCGAGGCGCCCGGUCGCCCGCCCGCCUGCACCGCGCCCCAGCCGCCGAGGAGCCCGUGUGAAGAUGAGCUGUGAAGAGAUUGCUGUGUGCGCAGUACGGCUUAGAGAAAACCUCUGCCUCUAUUUUGAAGAUGAUGAGCUGGAAUGCGAUGCCUUUUUUAAGGAAAAAACUAUCAAACGAUUCUUUCGAAACGUCAAUAGCCAGUUGCUUGUGGUUCGCCCAGAUUUGAACGUGGCAGCUUUUGAAGAUGUAACAGAUCAGGAGGUGAAAUCUGGCAGUGGAAUGUACUUCGACAUUCACUGUUACAAAACCACUGCGCCUUCAGCAGGGAUGCCUGUUGCGUUCAGCGUCCAGAUAGAAGAUAAGAGUUACUACAUGUGCUGUGAGAAAGAGCAUGGGAAAAUGGUUGUUCGAUUUAGGGAAGGAGAAGUUCCCAAAGACAUCCCUGGUGAAAGUAACAUCAUAUUUUUCAAAAAGACAUUUACGUCUUGCAGCUCCAAGGCUUUUAAGUUUGAGUACUCACUAGAGCAAGGAAUGUUCUUGGCCUUUGAGGAAGAAGACUCCUUAAGAAAACUGAUUUUAAAGAAACUGCCGAGAGAAGAUGAAGUCGAUGAAACCACAAAGUUUGUAACAAGUUAUAAUGAAAGGCACAACCUAUGAUACACUUCAACACUCUUAAAAUGUAAUUUGGCUUUUUACAAAAGUCUAAUUCAUUCAGAAUCCAAAGCAAGGUAAUUUUAUAUUUUUAUCCCGCUACAGUAAGGCAAUACAAAAAUGAGCAUCUUAAAAAGGAAAACAAAUGCAAGUUCUUGGGGAAAAGCAGCAGCACAAUGUCUUCUAGUAAAUGAAAGCAAAGAGAACUGCACAGUGAAAAAACAAGAAUGUGCAUGUGUUCAAAGCCCUGUAUAGUUUAAUCCCAAAUAUCUUUAGAGCUUGUUGUUGAACAAACAGUUUUGAAGUAAAUGCCUCAUAGGUGGAAAAGAUCUAUUAUGAGGAUGGAGACAAAACAACUGAAGAAAGCAAACUACACAUUUCCUACACCAGGCCAUGAAUCUGGCUAAUAAACACGCCGUUAUGUCCUUUUUUUUUUUUUUUUUUUUUUUUUUUGCAUUUCCUGUGUCUUCAUCUAUUUCAGUUACACAGUGGCAUUCUUAUCUUCAGCAGAAGUAAAACCAACAGUUUUUGCUGUAAACUUACCAGAAUCUUUUAUUAGAGAACUGGUAACUUACCUAAACAAUUGAAAUUUUAAUAAUGCUGUUUGCCUUCAGAGAAAACUAAGAAAAUGUAAGGGGUUUUAAAACUUGACAGUAAGCUGCAGAUUAGUGAUAAAAUGAAACAAACAUUUGUUCAUGUAACAGGCUGUUAACAGCAAAAGUAAAAAAUGGCUGUGGCAAGGAACCUGUCUUGUUCUGUGUAUAUGACAGCAUAGUGUAUGCUGGGGUCGAGCUGCACAUUCUUUCGCAUUUGGAGCUGAGCAAACACUGGAAUUCAACAAAAACAAGGUACAUGUAACACAUUCUGAACAUUUACUCUCCAGAAAAUGUAUGACUCAUCUUCUAUGUAUAAUACAGGCAUUGCUCCUCCUCUUCUGGUCCAACUAUAGACAGUGAUUACCUGAACAUGGUUUGCAGCUGCGGUCCUGGAUCUUCACCUUACCUGGCAGAAGAGGCAAUUAGAGAGAGGGUACAGUUAUCAUAUCCCAUACAGGCAGAAGUAAUCAGAGGAAACAGGAAAGCUUCUGUCAUGAAAGGGAAAAUUCCUCAAAUUUGCAGAAGAAAGAAGACAAAUCUCAAUAUUUGUUUUGGUAUUAAAAAAAUAAUAAUAAUUCAGGGGCUUUAAAAAAAAAGCACAGAGGCUGGAGACACGGAAAUGCUGUGAUGACCAUCAGCUUUCACACCAUGUUGCUUCACCUACCCAGCUGCUGCAGGAAUACCUGGGGCAAGAAAAGCAGUUCUCUGGAAUCACGUACAGGCAGCACUGAAUGCGCUAUGGCUUAGAAAGUAUUCACUGGAGGGGCAUAAAUUCAAAAAUGCAUUGACAUACACAGUCCCAUUUUAAUUUGCCUGUUGAGUAUUUAAGAACAGAACUGGAUCAAACAGUUACAGCCAUGAGUAAUUCAGAACAAAAGAAAGUUACGUGGAACUGA